AUGGGGGCAACUAUAGAUGAAGACAUCAAAGAACGGAUAUGGAACGGAAAAAUCAACAUCAAGGUAUCAUUAGCCCCGAUUGAUCAUAAAGUUAAUGCUUCCCAGAUCUCCUUCUACACAAGAUUACCCCGGAAUUCGUUUCUACCUAUCUAUCUACCUCAGAUGUUGGAUUUUUUUGCUUCCAGUAUCAAGGACCCUGAGUGGGCCAAUCAAGGAAAUUGGUGGUUCUCUUUCCAGGAUGUACCAAUUCGUUGGAAUUUGCCGAUAGGUGUGAAUUUUGACAUCAUGACCGGACUAAAUCCUGAUGAACCAACACUUGAAGAGUGGAACAUUAUCCUCAACUAUUCAAACUAUCCAAAUACAAUCGUACCCAUUUUUAAUAGUAAAAAGUCAAACGGCGCUAACUUUCAUAGACAUGACGACCGUAUUCAAUUCUUUCACGUUUACUGGCUAAACCAAAUGAAAGAAUCCUGUUAUUGUAUCAAUGGCAAUUGCAACUCCAUAAUGAGUCUGAGCAAAACAGAUUCCAACCUGUUUUGGGGCAGUCUUUUAUCUCAUGCCAGAGAUACCUUCAUGUCAAUUAAUCAGAAACAUGUGCCACUGGAUCCGUUGAACAUCCGUAUUAUCCCAAUUCGCAUACAUAUUUCAAUUUUGAACAAAGUGAUUCAACCAAACGUUACUCCUACAAAAGACGAUCAGAAAGACCUCACCACGUUAGGAGAUAUCCUGCAAGAGACCAUUCCAGAACUGUUCCCAUCAUCGCUAAUGUACACUAUAGCGUUUCCAAUCACCCAUGGGAUUAAACUACCUAUCAAUCUCUCAUUAAUUGAUUUGUAUUCGUAUUUUGCCUUUUCCGAUGGAUUCGUCCACAUCAGUGUGGUAUUUAACCAGCCCAAACCGCUAUACAUAAUUUAA